CAAAUACCACUGUCAGGGAAACAGUCGAUUCGCCAGCAAAAAAAGACUGCUCCUUUUAGUAAAUAUUGAGGUGAAGAACUUAUGCAUUGCCCUUGGGCCUGGAGAGUUUAGGACCCAGCGGAAAUAUGUGGUUUGUUUUCAAUCUGUACUUAAGUUGUGUGGAUAAGUCGAACUACCUCAAAAUGACAGAAGACUGGGAUGCAGAACUGGGAACGGAACCUGUAGCCAUUAUUCCAUCAUUCAAUGAUAUGGCUGGCCUAAUGAAUGAGGAUGCCAUCAAUGGCAAUCAGCCUUUUGACUUGAAAGGAUCUCGGGGUGGAAAUGAUUUUGACAUGAGCAAUAACUAUUUAUUUGGCCAAAGUGGUGGAUUUGGCAAGCAGCAAGAAACGGCCACUAUGAACGAAAACGAAUUUGACGGCAGAGGUGGAAGAAGAUGUGGGUUCGGCAGAGGUGAUCGUGCUGGAUUUCCAAGAGUUAGUGCACAGAAUGUUGCUGCAAAAGCAAGUGGAGAUGCUCCUUUUGGUAGAGGUAGCCCUGUGGGCAGAGGUGGCCCUGGUGGAAGAGGAGGAUUUUGUGGUCAAUCAGGUGAUAGUGGCGGAUUUGGUCUUAGUCGUGGAAGAGCAGGCUUUCGGUCUGCACUUGUAACAAGAGGUGGUUACCGAGGUAGAAAUGAAGAGCCCUUUUCUGGAUCUACUUCUAGAUUGACAGGUCGUUGGAAUUCUAGUGAUGAAGGUGACAAAAACCAAGGCCCCAAAGUGACUUAUGUUCCACCGCCACCACCUGAAGAUGAAAAUGCCAUCUUUGCUCGUUAUCAGACUGGUAUUAACUUCGAUAAAUAUGAUGAAAUUCUUGUGGAUGUUUCUGGAUUCAAUGUUCCGCCUGCAAUACUGUCAUUUGACGAAGCUCACCUGUGUGAAAUUUUGAACAAGAAUGUAAAUAAGGCAGGAUAUCUGAAACCUACACCAGUUCAGAAACAUGGAAUUCCAAUUGUGCUUUCUGGGCGGGACUUGAUGGCUUGUGCCCAAACUGGCUCUGGAAAAACAGCUGCGUUCCUGUUGCCAAUAAUAGAAAUGCUACUGAGGGGGAAUGCAGCAUCAAGUCGAUUUAAGGAACUGCAAGAACCGGAAGUAGUCAUUGUAGCUCCAACACGCGAACUGAUCAAUCAAAUAUAUCUGGAAGCUAGGAAAUUUUCUUAUGGAACUGUCGUGAGACCUGUUGUGGUCUAUGGGGGAACGAGUACAGGCCAUCAAAUUCGUCAGGUUUUACAAGGCUGUAAUAUAUUAUGUGGCACCCCUGGAAGACUUUUGGAUAUUAUCUCUAAAGGAAAAGUUGGCCUUGGUAAGGUGCAGUACUUGGUAUUAGAUGAAGCAGACCGUAUGUUGGAUAUGGGAUUUGAACCUGACAUGCGAAAACUAGUCAACUCCUUUGAUUUGCCACCUAAACAAAACCGCCAGACUUUGAUGUUCAGUGCUACCUUUCCUGAAGAGAUUCAAAGGCUGGCUGCAGACUUCAUGAAGAGUGACUAUUUGUUUCUUGCUGUUGGUCAAGUGGGAGGAGCAUGUGGUGAUGUACAGCAGUCCAUACUGCAAGUUGACCAGUAUUCGAAAAGGAACAAAUUGGUUGAAAUUCUCACCAGCAUAGGUAUUGAACGGACUAUGGUUUUUGUUGAUACCAAACGAAAGGCUGACUUUCUUGCUACUUUCCUUUGUCAAGAAAAAUUCCCUACAACAAGUAUUCAUGGUGAUCGAGAGCAAAGGGAACGAGAGAUUGCACUUGGUGAUUUCCGUACAGGGAAGUGUCCUGUUUUGGUGGCCACAGCAGUAGCAGCUCGAGGGCUGGACAUUGAGCAUGUACAGCAUGUUAUUAACUUUGAUUUGCCUUCUACCAUUGAUGAAUAUGUUCAUCGCAUUGGACGUACAGGCCGCUGUGGGAAUGUUGGCAAAGCAAUAUCAUUCUUUGAUUCAAAUACGGAUUUGCCAAUAGCACGUGCUCUUCUAAAGGUUCUUUCUGAUGCGCAGCAGGAAGUUCCUAUAUGGCUAGAAGAAUUUGCUUAUGCUGCUCAUGGGACCAGUUACCAUAAUCCACUUGGAAAGGUGUUUGCUUCGGUAGAUACUCGCAAGGGAUUGGGUGUAAACAGGAACUUCAGUGGCUACGAAACAAAUAUACCAGUGACAUAUGGAGGAAACGAUGAAGAUACCUGGGACUAACUCCAAUACCUAAUUUGCUUAGAACUCUAAAUCAAUGUCCUCUAAAGAUUACUAGUAUUAGUAAUUUGAAGAAAGUUUUCAUUGUUGACUUGUUUUGUAGGGAACUUAUUUCUAAGAUUGUAAUGUUUACAUUCAGUUGUGCACAUUUUUGCUUUAAUAUUUAAGUUGUAUCACAGUGGUCAGAUAUUGCAAUGCCUUUUUUGGUUAUCUGUAUAACUUGGGAUAUUAAAGUGCAAGAUAGGGUCAA